UGUCAAAGUCGUACCUACAAUAUAAUUAUAACUGAAAAUAAUUUAUCUUUAAAGUUUAAUCAUUUCAUUUGAUUUCAUUAAUGAAAAAAGAAUCAUCAAUCAACGAGAGUUUCUCAAAAGUAAUAUAAUAAUUAUUUUAACCAUAGUUAAAAUUUAUAAUGAACUCUUAGUUUGGAUCGAUAAUAAAAAAAAAGCUAUAUUUCUGCUACAAAAUGUUCUCAAUAACCAAAAUUUAUUCACGUAAAUAUAUUAAUAUCAGAACUUAUGUGCAACAUCAAAAUCCGUUUCAACGAACUUUUGAAGCUUUAACAGGCGAUAUUCGAUUUGGAAAGUUAACAGAAACUCCUCCUUCAAAGCAUCCCGAACACGCAGACAUAGUAAUAAUUGGUGGAGGAUUUUUAGGAUCAUCAGCAGCUUAUUGGUUGAAGAUUUUAGCGGGAAAAGGCUUAAAUGUAGUUGUUUUGGAUAGAGAGUUUAAUAAUUCAGCUCCAAGAAAAAUUCCUAUAGGCAUAAUAAGCCAUCAUUUUUCAUUGCCAGAAAAUAUCCUGUUAUCAAAAUUCAGUGCUGAUUUUAUAAGAAAUACAAAAGAACAUUUGGGUACAAAUGUUAAUGUAAGGUUUCAACCGCAUGGCUAUUUAGUCCUUGCAAGUGAUAACUAUUGUGAUUUAUUAGAAAGGAAUGUUUCUGUACUUAAAGAGUAUGCCAUCAAAAAUGAAUUGCUUUCCCCUGAACAGAUUAAGAAAAAAUAUCCUUGGAUUAAUGUAUCUGAUGUGAAACUUGGAUGUUUAAGCACAGAAUGUGAAGGUGUAUUUGAUUCCUCCGCACUGUUGCGAGGUAUGAUGGAAAAAUCUAUAGAGCUAGGAGCAACUUAUGUUAAUGGUAAUGUGGUCGGAUUUGAGGUUGAUAACCAAAGAGAUGUAUUAAUAGAAGGUGUCAAACCUAUGUCUUAUCAAAAACUAACUAGAGUAAUUUAUAGAAAUAAGGAAAAUGAAGAAAGAGCCAUAAAAUUUGCUGUCUGUAUAUUAGCAAAUGGAUAUGAAUCACCAGAAGUACUGAAAUUGGCGAAAGGUGAAAAUGAUAAUGCACUUCUAUCAAUACCUUUACCUAUAGAGAAAAGGGAAGUAAAUCUUUAUUCUUUGGGUGAAAAUUCGGCUAAAGCUUCAAUUGGCCUGAAUUCUCCUUUAGUAAUGGACUCUUCUGGCUUAUGGUUACGAAGAAAUGGAUUAAAAAAUAAUCUUAUUUGUGGACAAAUACCAGUGAAGUCUGAUAAGCAUUUAUCAAAUGAAGAAAAUUAUGAAAGAAUAUUUAAACCUUCUUUACACAAUAGAUUUCCAAGCUUUUCAGAUAUGAAAGUGAAUAACUUAGAUUCUGAAGUUUAUGACUGUAAUACAUAUGAUGAAUCAGGUAUUAUAGGCCCACAUCCCUAUCAUAUUAAUGUAAUUUUAGCCACCGGAUUUGGAAAAUUAGGUAUCCAGCAUUCACCGGGCAUAGGAAAAGCCAUAGCUGAAUUAAUUGUUGAAGGCCGUUACACAACCACUGAUUUAACAAGAUUAGGUUUUGAUAGAAUAUUAGUAAAUGAACCUCUAGUUGACUUUAAUAUUUACUAACUUAUUGUAUAAAAAUAAAAACGUGUCAUCAUAAUA